AUGUCGGAUAUUUCUCCGACACUCGACGAGAUCCUUGCUAAAAACAAGGAUGCAUUAACACUCUCUGUUCAGAUGGAUACAUCAAAAAUGGAGAAUUUGUUGAUGGAUAUGUACAAAGAAAUUUUUAAUUUACGUAAUGAAGUGAAUUUUCUACGUACUGAAAUCGGAAGAAAGGCCAAUAAGUCAGAUUUAGACUCAUACAAAUACGAAACUGAUAAAAAAUUAGUACAAUUAGGUGAACUUUCCAAUCAAAAUACAAAACAUAUCGAUGAAAUUGCAGGAAGUGUUAAUAUGAGUUUAUCACAGCCAAAAGUUACAGCCGAAGAUAUUCUCAAGCAACUCAAAGAAACAGCACAUCCACCACCACCUCCUCAAGUUACGUAUAUCAAUCAAGUUGUUGCUCAACCACAACAAACACAACAACCAGCCCAACAAAGAUACAUUCCUACAAGCACAUUUGAAUCUGUUCGUGUAGAACCAACACCACUAGUAAAUCCACCAGUAAAUGAAGUUCCACAGCCACAACAAGCACCAGUACAGCAACAACCACAACAAACAGCACCACAAGAAAGCACACAAAUUGUUGAACAACGCGAAUUUACACCAAAUAAUCAGAAUGAAGAACCAAUGAGACCAAACCAAGCACCGAGAUUACCAUAUCAAUUACCAGACCGCCCAAGUCUCCGUGUUUCAACUCCAGAAGAUUAUCAAAGAAUGACUCCAGAAGAGGCCAGCGACUUCCUUGUUAAGGCUUCUGAGACGUUGACACCAGCAGAAACAGGAAGAUUAGCGGUAGAACUCAGCGAGCAUGUCAAAGAUCCGAACGUCGAAAAUAUCUUUGUAAAUUUGGCGCAAAGGCUUACUCCACGUACCAACAAGCGUAUUGUUGAAGAAGUCUGCACAUACGUCGAUACACAGCUCUCGUCUCGAAUUUUGUCCGCAUUAUCUGGUCAAAUGGGAGAACAACAGUUAACAGAGCUCAUUACUGACAUUUCGAAGCGAAUUGCUGAAGAAGAGACAUCAAGGAUUGUUAAGAACCUCAGCGACAAGUUCGAUCAAGAGGACACAGUUUCGAUGGUGAUCAGAUUAUGUUCGAAGAUGAAUCCACAGCAAAUGUCAGCAGUCGUAGCGAUGCUCGCACUGAACAUGACUCCAGAAGAGUCAGCGCGAAUCGCAGAAACAAUCGCUACGAAGGUACAACCAGAAAAACAAGUAGAAUUCGCUGUAGAACUCAAAAACAGAGAAAACGAAAAACAAAAAGAUUUAAGUGAAGGAAAAGUGACAGAAAGACAGAUCGAAUCCGUUGUCAGCGCCAGACAAGCAGCAGAAAGAAUCUCCAGACAGUCAACGCCAAACAGUGGAACAAGAGCUUCAACGGCAUCAUCAGCUGCAAGGCCACAAACUUCGGAAUCAACAUCAAAUCAACAAGAAAACGUGACAGAACCGAAAGUCACUUUUGGAUCAUUAAACUUCGAGCAAACACCAAACAAAGAUCUUGCACAGCGUAUUGACUAUCUCGAGCAUGUUGUACAAGACUUGAACGGCAUUGUUUUGGACAUGCACACAGAAUUGAACAGAAAACCAAGCAAUGAAAGAAAAGAACAUCUCGUUGAGUUGUUUGAUGACUUGGCACGUGUUUCCGCAAAGAACUCACGCCAAGAAAGCCGUCUAACACAGCCAGCACCAUCAGAAGAACAACCACCACAAGAAGAAAACCAGCCAGAUGAAAUCAAAGAAAUUCUUAAACCAGAAACUCCAAAACCACUUCCAAGGCCAGAAAUAACUAUUCCUUCAGGAUCAAACAUAAACACAGAUGAAUUACUUGAGCAGUUCUUGGAUGUUGCACACAAUGAAAUAGAAAACGCAAAGCACUCAAUGACAGAAGAAACAAAUAAGAACUUGAAAUCGACUGAAUCGAUUUUGAGACAAUUAAUUACUAAAGUUUCUACAGCACAAGAAGUUACUUCGAAGAAACUGAAUACACAGUUAUCCGAGACAGCAACAUCACUUUCAAACGAGCUCCAGAAAGGAAGUGCUGAAUCAAAGGCUUUGUAUGAUAAACUCAAUGUCGUAAUCGCUCAAUUUAAUGAGAGAUUGGAAGGAAUUGAUAAGCGUUUGACUGAUGUUUCCGCUGCAGCGAAGAUGCCUCCUCCUAUACAGAAACUGAAGGUUUCUCAAGAUGGUUUGGUUGACAUGCAGCCUGUCAUUGACCAGAUCAAUGCACAGAAUGCUUUGCUUGCAGAUUUGAACUCGAGAUUAGUUCAAAUGGAGAAGAAAGAAGUUGUUCAUCCACAGGCAUUCGACCAAUUAACAGAGAAAGUUCAACAGGAAGAAGAGAAGAUAGAAGCAGUCACACAAGUAGCUGAUAGUGCAGAGAAGAUGGCUUCUAACACUAAUACUCAAUUGACUGAUUACAUCACGUAUCAAUCGAGUGAAGAAGGACAAAGACCAUUCGCUGAAAUCAAUGAAAGAUUCACAUCUCUUGAAGCAGAAAUCAAGAGAUUGCAAGAUUUGAACACGAAGAUGAACAAAGACUUGACAGGAUCAAGAGCUGCUAUUAAUACAUUGAGAAGCCAUUCAGAAGAAACAACAGCAGCAAUGGAAGAAAUCAAAAAAUUGGCUGAUAACAUCAGAGAAGAAAAUUCAAAUGUUGAGAAACAUAUGAAGAAAGUUGUUGAAUAUACACAGAAUGAGAUUGGAGCAAUCAAUGAAAAGAUCAAGGAUAUCACAAGAUCUAUUGAAAGAACAGAUGACAGAGUUGAUGAUUUAACAACUAAAAUCGCAGACAUCAAUCAAAACAUGCAAGAAUUAAGUCAUCAAACUCCAAUCACUGCUCAACCUUCUGAUUUCUUGAUAACUCAACAGAAGGCUGUAACAACAGUUGAUGAACCAACAAGUCCAAUAACUAAAGAAAGGAAUCCAAUACAAUCAACAAAGAGUUUCGCAAGUUUGGAUUCAAAGAGUUCUGCGGAAAAUUCUUCAGUUUUCCCAACGAAAUCAGAAAAAGCUUUGGAAAGCACUUUGACGGCCCAGAACUUAGCCGAAUUGCAGAGCUACAACGAACAGAUGCAGCAGACACAGUUACAAUUGCAACAACAAGCAGCUUUGCUACAAAAGACACAACAACAAUUGCAAGCUGUUCAAAGAGAAAAAAUUGGAGGAGUUGUUGCAAAAGAAACUGUCAUUUCAUCAGUUGACCAGAAGAAAUUCAACGAAAUACAGAAAGCUCUUAACCAAUUGCAGUCGAAUAUCAACAUAAUGAGAAAGGACUGCGAUAAAAUAGAGAAGAAAUGCCAGACAUUGCAAGAAGAAAAAGCUGAUAAAGCUGAGUUCAAGAACAUGUUUGAACAAUUUAGAAUUGCAAUGGCUGAGCUCAAUAACAGAGUCAAAUCUACAAAGAAAGCUGUCUCUGGAAAAGUUGGACGCGAAGAAUUCGACGAACAACUUAAAUCGGCUUUGGCUAAAACAGAACAAGACAUACAAACAAACAUCAUGCAAAGUACAGAGAUAGGAAAAACAUCUGCGGAUGUAAGAUGUCUGAUGUGCGGCCAAAUAAAGAAAGUUGAACCAGGACAAACAGCUGAACAACUCCAGAAACUGAAUGUGAAACCAUCUGGAGACAGAUGCCUAGUGUAUGGUGAUGAUGGAGAACAAUAUUUCGGAAGGAAUUCUAAUGGAAAAGCAAUGGUGACAAAACACCAAGUUUUGGCUCCAAUUGCAAAACCAAAAUAA